GUGCCAUGUAUGUACAAAAUUAGCACUAAAUAUGAGCAUUUUGAACUCUAAUAAUUAUUGGUGUUUGAAUAAUGGAACUUUUACAGUUUCUCGAUACCAAAUCUGUACCAGAUAUAGUUCACAAUUAUACCCCUGCCCAUAAGAAUAAUUCUGUUCCAAUAGUUAUCGACAAUGGUUCUUACUUAUGUAAAGUUGGUUGGUCGACAAACGAUGAGCCCCUUUUACAAUUCCGUAAUCUCAUAGCGAAGCCACGACGCGAACGCUCUAAAAAAGACACCAUAGAAAUUCCUCAGAUCCCUCAACUUCAAGUGGGCAACGAUAUAGUCAACAUUGAAGCAGUAAGAUUUCAAUUAAAAACCCAAUUCGAUAGAAACGUAGUGACUCACUUUGAAGCCCAGGAACAUUUAUUUGAUUAUAUCUUCAGUCAUUUAGGGAUUGAUACUGAGGAGGAAGUGCCACAUCCCAUUUUGUGUACCGAGGCAGUGCUUAAUCCUAAUAGUUCGAGGCAGUUAAUGUCUGAGCUAUUAUUUGAGUGCUACAAUGUUCCAUCUUUGUGCUAUGCAGUUGACGCACUAUUGAGCCAUCACUACUAUGCAGAUUCAUCAAAAGAUGCCCUUAUUAUAAAUUUGGGUUACCAGACUUGCCAUAUUAUUCCUUUAAUUAAUAAUAAGACUAUAUUUGAAAACAUUAGAAGAUUAAACACAGGAGGUUUCCACAUAAUAAAUUUCUUACACAGAUUGCUCCAAUUAAAAUACCCUGUUCAUGCAAACGCUAUAACUAUAAGCAGGGCAGAAGAGUUGGUUCAUAAUCUUUGUAAAAUAGCCAAAGAUUAUCGUGAGGAAUUGGCCAACUGGUCAAAUGUAGAUUAUUAUGAGGCCAAUGUUAAGAAAAUUCAGUUGCCUUUUACUGCUACUACCAUUGCUAGUGCUAUAACAUUGGAACAACAAAAAGAACGUAAAAAAGAGUUAGCCAGAAGAUUGAUAGAAAUUAACGCUAGAAAAAGAGAGGAACGUUUGGCUGAAGAUGAAGAAAAAAUAAGCCAACUUUUGGAUAUUAAAGAAAUGAUUGAACUGGGAGCCGAUCCAGAAAUAAUUGAAAAAACAUUAAUGGAAUUUCAAAUAAAAAGCGUCUCUGAAUUGGAAAAGAGUAUUUUGCUUUUGAAUGCUAAAAUUGAAAAAACAAGGCAAAAAAUAUUGUCGGCAUCAACUAAUGUUGACGAACAAGAGGAAACACCUCCAAAACAACCAAAAUAUUCAAAAUUGGUAUUUGGAAGUGAUAAGGAACAACAUAUAUUUAUGCAGAAUAUUAGGAAAAUGAGACAAGAAAUUUUAACCAAAAAAAUGAUCAGAAAACAAAGGAAGCAAGACAUGGCUAAAAGACGAACAGCAGCAGGCCAAGAAAGAAUGAGACUGAUAUCUCAAUUGGCAAGAAAAGAAAAAGGCAAUGACGAUUUUGGAAUGAGAGAUGAAGAUUGGGACAUUUAUAAGACAAUUAGUAAAGAUGGUGGUGAUUCUGACAGUGAAACCGAAAACGAAAAAUUACUUGAAUUUGACGAAAUUUUACGCACACAUGAGCCCACUGAAUUGGGCGAAUCUUCUCAGCCUGGUGAAGCCCAUCAACUUCAUUUCGGAGUUGAAAUGAUUAGAGGACCUGAGCUGCUUUUCAAACCUUAUAUGUUUGGCAGUCAGGAGGCUGGAUUAUCAGAAAUAAUUGGAUAUGUAUUGUCAUUAUUUGAUGCUAAGAGCCAAAUGAAAUUAGUUUCCAAUGUAAUUGUAACUGGAGGUUUGGCAAGUUUGCCAGGCUUACAGGAAAGAUUGUUAGCAGAUCUUGUUUCUAUUAGACCGUUCAAAUCUAAGGUCAAUGUGAGCAUUAUGGACGACUGCGGUCUUUCUUCUUGGUAUGGAGGAAGGAAUUUCUCUAGGAUUGAUGAGUUUACGAAUAGUUUAGUGACAAAACAAAUGUAUCAGGAAUUUGGUGCAGAAUAUUUUCAAGAACACAAGUCGUCAAAUCCUUAUUAUCAGGUUCCAACUAGCAACAGUGAAAAUGGCAGUGUCGAAGUUGAUGUAAUAGAGUUAUAGGGCCUCAAAUCUCAAGAGAAAGAAACAACUUGAGGAUAGAACAGUGACGAAGACAGAAAGCUUCCAGUUGAUUCGCCUCAUCAAAAUAAAACUCCUAGGGAAAAUAACUACUAUAGAAGUUAUUUGCCAAACUUUGUUAUUAAUAUUCUCCAUAUACAUAAGUUAGUUAAUUUAUUUAUUCACAAUCAUACAUGUAAUGUUGACUUCACUGAAUUUUAAAAAGUUCAAAAAUGUCACUUUUUUGACUUUUACUUUUGGCCCACGGGUCGAAAGUUUACUUUCGACCCGUGGGCCGAAAGUAAAUGUAAUUUUAAAAAUUUAUUGGGUUUUUUGAUUUUUACUUUCGGCCCACGGGUCGAAAGUUUACUUUCCUCCCGUGUGCCGAAAUAGUAUACAUACCUCGGUGAAAAGUUUCAUUACUGUCUCGAGAUUUUAAUUGGACCUCGGCUGCGCCUCGGUCUUACUAAAAUCUCUCGACAGUAAUGAAACACUUUCCACCUCGGUAUGUAAUAUACUAUUCCAACAAGUAGGCAUUUAACACCUAGAUAAGUAAACACCUAUUUUGUACAAGGUAGUGACAGUUUUUUUUUUUCCAAUUCAUAAUAAAUAAUUUAAUUUU